CUUGUGAGUGCCGAGCCCUGUGCUCGGUUAGGGCAGCGGUGUGAAACUGCGUCAUUUCAUUUAAUCUUUUUAGGAAUUUAGUGUUUUGAGUCUUCCUGUGCCUGAAUGCUCAUUUGUCUGGAGAGCACACAUGACUUCUACACCUAUAAUCGAGGAGCAAAAUACCUUGAUGCAGCGGGGGUUUCGCUGAGAGCCGUCGUCUGUUCUGUGUGUCCAGGUCCCCCCCCACCCCCCACCCCCCCGGCCCUCGGCACACCCGGUCCGAUGGCUCAAAAUGGAGGAGAUCUUGAACUGCCGCAGAGGCGCGUGGGAGGAGCCAAGGAGCUGCCCAAUGGGAAGUUUGCAGACAGUAUAAAAGCAAACAGUGAAGACCCAGACCCUUUCCUGGAAAGACCGUACGCUGAAAUCUCCGAGGGAGCUUUUGGGGGCGGUGAUGUUGGGGUCCCCGGUCCCCCGGGGCCCCGUGACGAGUGUGUGGCCCCCCUGUCCCCAGACGCCCCGUCGCCGGCGGAGCGGAGACGGCGCGACCGCGAGGAGCGGCUGGGGCUGCUCCUGUGGAAGAAGCCGCUGCUCACCCUGCGCUACUUCCUCCUGGAGCUGCUCCUCACCCUGAGGGACUGGACCUGCAGGUUCUGCCACCAGAGGGCGAUGGCGCUGACCGUGCUGCUCGGGCUCGCCUGCUUCUCCUUCGUCUACUCUACGGAGGGAACUCACCAGAAGUACGUGCGGCGCUUGGAGGAGCAGCUCCUGCGGUGUGCCUACUGGGUGGGCCUGGGCGUCCUGUCGUCCGUGGGCCUGGGGACGGGCCUCCACACCUUCCUGCUCUACCUGGGCCCCCACAUCGCGUCGGUCACUCUGGCCGCGUACGAGUGCGGCUCGGUGAACUUCCCGGAGCCCCCUUACCCCGACCAGAUCGUCUGCCCCCAGGACGAGGGGGCGGAGGGCGCCGUCUCUCUCUGGACCAUCAUGUCCAAAGUUCGUCUGGAGGCCUGUAUGUGGGGGGCCGGCACCGCCAUCGGGGAGCUCCCGCCCUACUUCAUGGCCCGGGCCGCCCGGCUCUCGGGCGUCGAGCCCGACGACGACGAGUACGAGGAGUUUGAGGAGAUGCUGGAGCAGGCAGAGAACGCCCAGGACUUUACCACCAGAGCAAAACUGGCUGUCCAAAAGAUGGUACAGAAAGUGGGAUUUUUUGGAAUUCUCACAUGUGCCUCGAUUCCAAACCCGCUGUUUGAUCUGGCUGGUAUAACAUGUGGCCAUUUUCUGGUGCCUUUUUGGACUUUUUUUGGGGCGACACUUAUUGGAAAAGCCGUUGUCAAAAUGCAUAUCCAGAAAUUGUUUGUUAUCAUAACGUUCAGCAAGCACAUAGUGGAGCAGAUGGUGUCCCUGAUUGGCGCCGUCCCCGUACUGGGGGCCUCUCUUCAGAAGCCCUUCAGGGAGUACCUGGAGGCUCAGAGGGCCAAGCUGCACCACCAGGCAGGCGAGGGAUUCCCCACGGGGGAGAACUGGCUGUCCUGGGUGUUCGAGAAGGUGGUGAUCAUCAUGGUGUGUUAUUUCGUUUGUUCUAUCAUUAACUCCAUGGCACAGAGCUGUGCCAAGCGCCUCCAGCAGAAACAGUACUCUGAAGAGAAAACAAAGUGAUGCUAAGACUGAAUUCAUUUCCACUCCUCAUUUGAAAAGAAACAGAAGUGUGGGGGGGGGGGGGGAUUACUGCUUCCUUGUCCAUGUAUCAAUUAAUGCACAUGACAAAACUAGCACUGUUUAAAAUGUGGGCAAAUGUAUAUUUUCUUUUUUUCCUUUGGUAGUACUGCUGGUUUUUGGUUGACAGUGUUUUGGGGCAUAAUUUAUUGCCGAAUGCCUUUAUGCGCUCGCCCAUUGUUCCGCUGUUUUUGAAAGGUACUCUAGUGGGUGUGUUGCGAAGAUUCUCAAGUGUAAUAAUAUAAAUACCGUCUCGGGCGCUGAGCCGCUCGUCGGCGGCGGCUGGGAAGCUUGUUGCUGGCGCUAAUACUUGUUGUUGCGAGCCGUUAUGCAACACGCUGCGGGCCGGCUUCCACGGAAGGGAGCAGAAUUCUCGCUAAGUAGACUUGAUUUAUUUAAUGGACUUAAUAGUGUGUCGUUGUGCUGAUCGCUGAGGCUGCUUUUCGUUUCUGUGUGUGUACUGUAACAGUGAUGCGGGCAUACUUUCGGGGGACAGUUUUAGUGUUCUUUUCUCGUUUUAGCUGUAAUAUUCAGAUAAUUUGUGUGUUCCUGAAGAAUAGCAAUAUCAAAACGGAUAGAAGUGGUAGUAGUUUGAUUGUACAUCCUGUAAAUAAUCAUUUGGGGGGUUUGAAAAUAUAGAUUUAUGCUUCUGAAUGUAUGGGGACAACAAUAGAAAUGAAGGAAAAAUGAAUGACUACUGUAACUCAUUUGUACUCAUUUAUAACUGUACAUAAUGCUAUUGAUGUCAUUUUUAUUCAAUACGUUUAGACUGAACUUUUUGGUCAGACUUUAUAAACCGCCAUGAAUCAUUUA